AUGCUGAGCGCGAGGAUGCGUGCGCCCGCGCGAGCGACGGCGGUGGCCGCGCGGACGGCUCUGCGAGCGUGGCGCAGGCCAUCAGCGCCGCGGUGCGUGCGUGCGAUGGCGUCGCGGCCUCCGGGCGGCUCGGGGAAGGGAGACGAGGACAAGUCGUGGGAGGAGAUCGCGGAGGACGCGAGUAAAGUCGGGAAAGCAUUGUGGGGAAAACUGAAGAGUGGUGUGGAGAGAGCUAUCGCCAAGGCCGGCGAUGUGCCCCCGGCGAGCAAGAGCCGCAAGACCGAGCAAGCGGAGAUCUACCAGGAGCCCAAGGCCCGCGACAACGUGCCAUCGGGGAAAGACCUUGCACAGACGUUCGGCGGGGGGCUGCUGGGACGCGCCCUGGGCGGUAUGGUCAGCAACGCGCUCGGCAGCCUCGCGGACGCCGUGGAGAAGGCCCAGGAGGAGACGCGCGACGCGUACGCUGCAGCUGCCGCUGCCAUCAUGGCCGACCGCGGCGUGCGCGGGGCGCUCGGCGAGCCCCUCGAGGUCACUCCGCCGAUGUCGCAGUCCUCUUCGACGUCGAUCAUAAACGGCGUCCGCAGCAAGAACAUCUCUUUGAUAAUGAUCGUCUCUGGGCCGCGCGGGAGGGGCCAGGCGAGCGUGCAGGCGGUGGAGUCGUCGCAGGGGCCCCGGAAGCUGGACGUGGCCGUACAGACUGCGGACGGGCGCGUAAUCAAGGUGGACACGAGCCGCGGGGGGCGUGGUGGGCGCAGGGUGGACGACGAUGACGACGAGGUGGUCGUGGAGGCGGAGUGGACGGACGCGCGGGGGGGGAAGUGA